AUCAAUUUAAUAAAUCAUACGAUCACGAAUAAAGUGAUCAAAAGUUAUAAAUUUAAAUAAAAUAAUAAAAAUAAAAAUCUCAAAAGAAAAUGAUAGGUAUUUUAAAUGAUUCUGACAGUGAAGAUGAAUUACCACCUGGAUGGGAAGAAAUGACAACUGCUAAUGGAAAUGUCUAUUAUGUAAAUCAUUAUACAAAAGGCACACAGUGGACACAUCCUAGGACUGGUCGUACAAAAACUGUUGAAGGGGAAUUACCAUCUGGAUGGGAAAGACGUGUAGCAGAAGAUGGUCAAGUUUUAUUUGUUGAUCACAUAAAUCAUACAACAACUUAUACAGAUCCAAGACUUGCAUUUGCUACGGAAUAUAGAGAGUUAUCACAUCCAAUGAGACAACGUUUUGAUGGUAGUAGUACAGCAUUAUCUGUUUUACAUGGAAGAGAUUUAAGAGGCAAAAUUGCUAUAGUUACGGGUGCUAAUACUGGAAUAGGAUUUGAAACUGCUAGAUCAUUAGCUCUACAUGGUUGUACAGUUAUUAUAGCUUGUAGAGAUCUAAAAAAAGGUACAGAAGCAGUAGAAAAAAUAAAACAAGAAAGAGAAAAUAUAUUAUGUGAAACAUUGCAUUUAGAUUUAUCAUCAUUGCAUAGUGUUAGAGAAGCAGCUGAAAAAUUUAAACAAAAAUAUAGGACUUUACAUAUUCUUAUAUUAAAUGCUGGAGUAUUUGCAAUUCCUUAUCAACUUACAAAAGAUGGUUAUGAAACAACAUUUCAAGUAAAUCAUCUAUCUCAAUUUUACUUUACUCUCUUAUUAGAACAUCCAAUACGAAGCUGUCAUAAUUCUAGAGUAGUAAUAGUUUCAAGUGAAUCACAUAGAUUUUCAUCUUUACGAACAAUAGAAGAUUUUCAUCAAUUAAGUUUAUCUCCUCCUGCAUAUAAAUAUUGGUUUAUGGGAGCAUAUAAUAAUUCAAAACUAUGUAAUAUUUUAUUUGCACAAGAAUUAGCAAAAUAUUGGCCUUCUGUAAAUGUUUUUAGUUGCCAUCCUGGUAAUAUGGUUUCUUCUUCAUUGUCUCGUUAUUCAUGGACAUUACGAUUAUUAUUCAUGCUAGUACGACCUUUUACAAAAUCACUGCAACAAGCUGCUAGUACAUCAAUUUUUUGUGCAACUGCUCCAGAAUUGGAAGGUGUAACUGGAUGUUAUUUCAAUAAUUGUUAUCGUUGUGAUCCAUCAAAUGCUGCACUAGAUUCUGCACUUGCAACUAGAUUAUGGUCUGUUAGUCAAGAAAUGAUUAUUAAUAUUAUGAAGAAAGAUAAACUUUGGGAAACAUUAGCUUUAAGAUAAAAGUUACUAUUAACAUAUUGCUACAAAAUAUAGUUAUAAAUGAAAUCAAUUCAGUAAAAUAUUGAAACCAUAAAAAAAUUUAAAAAGUAUUUUUAAUUAAGAAAUUUAUAUUUAUUUUUGCUUAAAGAUUUUAUUUUAUAUUUGAUAAAUUUAUUUUUAUAUGUAUUAUACUUUAACAUAAUCAAUUUGAAAGUGAUGUUGCAUUGAACAUGUUAAUAUAUUUUUUCUAAAUUUUAUUAAAAUUCAUAU